UCUGUGACAAGCACACAAUGUGUUUCAGAGAGGGAGAGAGGGACAACCACCGCAACUCUGCUUCACAGAGAGGAUUCAUCCCGUGCUUUAACUGAAAUAGGUGCCCAUCCUGUUUAUAUUUAGGUGCCAGAACUGCAGUCUUUCUAGACCAAUAUUCUACAAGAGGUGCAGGAACUCAAAGCAGUUGAACAUUUCGCCUUAGUUCCAGUGCGUUCCUGCUCAAGUCAAGCACUGGAUUCACCAGACAGACGAGCAGACAGACAGACAGAACGUUAGUUAUGAUUGACGGUAUAGAGGAGGACCUGUGAACUCUACUAACUAAACAAACUACUGUUUUCCUCAGUGGUUGGAUACGGAUUCCAAAUAUGGAGAACCUGCUGGCUAAGGCCCUGUAUGAUAACAUAGCCGAGUGCAGUGAUGAGCUGGGCUUCAGGAAGGGAGACGUGGUUACAGUGCUGCAACAGGAUGUAGAAGGGAGCUGUGGUUGGUGGAUGUGCUUUCUGUCUGGACGACAGGGCCUGGCCCCAGCCAAUCGCCUGCAGCUCCUACCACUGGCCCCACCCCAGACCCCGGCUCAGACCCAGGGCGAGGUUCCUGGUGAUGGUAGUGUUGACCCAGGCAGCAGUCAUGACAGUGACUCUGAUAGGCCGGGGAACCUCUACCAGAUCCCCAGCAUGUCCCGACACACCCAGUCCUCCAGCCCCGCCUACGAAUGCAUGGACCGUGCCUACAAGGCAUCUGUCAGCAGUGUGUUCUCUGGCUGUUCCAAGGGAGAGGUGUAUGAUGUCCCCAGCCUUGUCAGACGAGCCUCUCUAUUCCCUGCAUCCACAACACCGCGACAUUUGACCCAGAAGGCUUCGGUGAUGGAAACCUCUGAUCUGGAGAGACAAUUUGACACCCGGAGCAGUAGGAGGCGCUGCAGCCCCAGUCCCAGCCUGGACUAUGUGUAUGCUGCUCCACCCACGGUGGUCCCAGACCCCAGCUAUGACAUCCCUAUUCCCUCCUCCGUCCCCCCCUCCAUCCCUCCGGCUUCAGUCAUCCAGCAGAGGCUAGUGGCCGGAGGCUACAAUACCUCACCCAGCCCCCAGAGACAGCCUAGCAGUUACAGCACCCUUCCCAACCCCCGCAAGUCAGACUGGAUCUAUGAUGUACCCAGCUCUCCUGAGAAACCUGGUGGUGAGCCUGGGUACUACACCAUUCUGCCAUCUGGUGGCCAACCUGGAUAUUACACACACCUGCCAUUUGGUGGCCAGCCUGGGUACUACACCACCCUGCCCUCCAAGGCCCUGAGCUCGGACAGGCAGCUCCACGACACUCUGACAGACCGUAACUGCUCUGCUCAGUCCUUCUAUGACAUCCCCAAACCUAGAUCCCCUCCCCAGGGGUCCAAGGACCCCCCCAACCCCCCCAGGGUCCUCCCCAGGCCUCCUCUCUACGACAGACCCCCAGGGCAGAUGCAGAUGGACAAGGAGCACUGUGUGUACGCUGUCCCCCCUCGGGAGCAGCUCUCAGUCUUCGUCCCCCACAGAGGACACCAUGUCCCGUUGGAGUGUCGGGGGGACUCUGGUCCUACCUACGACCACCCCAACCCCCAGGGCAGGCUGCAGAGGGGCCGUCUGGGGCUAGUGGCUGGGGCUCUGGGAGCCAGGCCUGGUAGGGGAGACACUCUGUUACAGGAAGAGGAUGAAGAGAGCGGUAGAAUGACAACAUCAACAUCAGACAAACAGAGGAUCAGCACAGCCUCCACGUCCUCCACCUCCUCCUCCUGCGACUCCCUGGCGCUGUGCUCCUCUUCCUCCCCGGAGCCGCAGCGGGAGGUGUGUCUGAGCCAGGAGGAGGCGUGUCGCAGGCUGCUCAUCCUACAGCAGGAGGUGUGCAGGGAGGUGCCGCGACUCAUGGAAUUCGUCUCCUCUAGCUGGAGGAGCAAGGAUCACCUGGAAAAGCACCUCACGGAGAUCAGGUCUGCAGCAGAGGGUGUGGCGGGGUCGGUGACAUCCUUUCUGAGCUUUGCCCUGGAUGUGAAAGGUAACGCCCGGCGCCUGACCGACUCCAACCUGCAGGCGCGUCUCCAGCGCCAGCUCUCAGUGUUGGAGGACUCCGGCCUCAUCUUGCAGCAGGCCGUCAGCUCCCUGGGCGUCGCCGGCUGGCCCCUCCCUUUGCUGGCCCAGGAUCCCGCCCAGAACCACACCCCAGACCAGCUAGACAGCCUCGUCAGGGUAACCAGGACCAUCCCUGAAGAUGUCAAGAGAAUGGUAUCCAUCGUCAAUGCCAACGCCAAGCUGCUGUUCCGGCCCAGUACCAGUACCACCAAUAACACCGGUAUCUCUACCAGUCAGUUUAUGAAGAAGAGAACAGAGCAGGGAGAAUACUCAGGAACAGAUCAUCAUGACAAUGUCCAGCUACAGGAGGACCAGAAGCGUUGUGUGUCUGAACCCCAGGUCUGUGUGGACGGCCCUAGGAGAUCUUCAGAAUCCCUGUCCCAGAGGAAGCCCUUCAUCUCUGACUCUGGUGACGCCCCCAGGAGGACCUCUGAGCCCCAGGUCUCCCUGUCUGCUAGGAUGGCCUCUCAGUCUGAGCCCCAGGUCUCCCUGUCUGCUAGGAUGGCCUCUCAGUCUGAGCCCCAGGUCUCCCUGUUUGCUAGGAUGGCCUCUCAGUCUGAGCCCCAGGUCUCCCUGUCUGCUAGGAUGGCCUCUCAGUCUGAGCCCCAGGUCUCCCUGUCUGCUAGGAUGGCCUCUCAGUCUGAGCCCCAGGUCUCCCUGUUUGCUAGGAUGGCCUCUCAGUCUGAGCCACAGGUCUCCCUGUCUGCUAGGAUGGCCUCUCAGUCUGAGCCCCAGGUCUCCCUGUCUGCUAGGAUGGCCUCUCAGUCUGAGCCCCAGGUCUCCCUGUUUGCUAGGAUGGCCUCUCAGUCUGAGCCCCAGGUCUCCCUGUCUGCUAGGAUGGCCUCUCAGUCUGAGCCCCAGGUCUCCCUGUCUGCUAGGAUGGCCUCUCAGUCUGAGCCCCAGGUCUCUGAUGUCCCUAGCCCUGGGAAGUCCUUUAACUCCCAGGUAGACAGCCCUAAGAGACAGCCCACCCUGUCAGAACAUUGCCGGCUAUACUUCGGGGCGCUGCAGAAGGCAAUUUGUAUGUUCAUAACCAGCCUGGACAGCCAGGCCCCGGAGAAGUUCAUCUCCCACAGCAAGCUGAUCAUCAUGGUAGGCCAGCGACUGGUGGACACGCUGUACCGAGAGGCCCAGAAAGGAGAGGCCCAGAGAAGGGAGCCCGGGUCAGUGUCAGGGUUGGGGCCCAGCCACAGCCAGAACCAGGUUCUGCUGUGUAAGUGCAACCACAUGUGUGCCCUGUUAAAACGGCUGGCUGUAGCCACCAAGAAGGCAGCUCUACAUUACCCUGAGAGACAGGCUCUGCAGGAGGCCCAGGACUUUGCCAAGGAGCUGGCUCAGAGAGCACAGCACUUCAGGGUCUCCCUGGACCUCUGAGAGAGACAGACUUUUAUCUUAAGGACGCAACAGACAGUGCCGACGAACAGUGAAGUCCUAUCCCCUCUGACCACAGAACCGGCACCGUUCAUCAGCACCGUUCAUAUUUUGACUGUAUUCUGUUUCUAUACGAACCCAGUUAACCUAUAGCCUUCUACUACUGUUAUGUACAAAGCCUUCUCAAAAUACAAUUUAGUACAUUCCUAAUUUUAAAAUAUGAUUAAAAGGAUUAAAUAGUUGGAAAGAAUAAAAACAAGUUCACAGCUUAAUGAGAUAAAAAAAAUGAAUAAUUAAAAACAUUUAUUUUUGCUUCAAUGGUUUUGGUUUCACCAUUUCACUGUCCUUGUUCUGAAUGUGAGUGUAACGGAU